UUUCUAAUCGGUUGGUGUGCGCUCUGGUUAAGUUAGUAUUGUGGUUGAGCUGUCUAUAACUACAACAGUGUACGAAAAUGAAAUCACCAAUCGAACAGAUAAGAUAAGAGAUAACGUGCAAACAUAUUGUGACACACAGUCAUAAAGCAAGGGUGCGCUGCAGUGUGAACAGCAAACAAUAGUUUUUGUGUGAAAUAGUUCACAUUGUCUAAUUAUAGAAGGAAGGGAAUCGAAAUUGUCGAGAUUUAAUGAGAGUGUGUGCUAUUGAAUGAACUAUAUCUGCGUGUGUACCAAUGUAACUUGACCUUAUAUCUAAAUAAUGAGUCCAGACAUUCCACUUUCUUUGAACAGAGCUUUUACGCAUUCAUUGCCGUAUGCUGAUAAUACAUCGCACAUGAAACACAACUCAAAUUCAAUGUACCUGAUUUGCAUAGAAGGAAAAUUGAAAAGUAAAUGCAGCCACAGCGGAGACGAUGGGCAGAUAUUUGCUCAAGACGUGUAAUUUUCAAAUUGAUGCUCGUUUCUCUAACCAUUUUCGUGGCCCUACAAAUUGUUGAAUUAUUUGUUAAUAUUCAUUACAAUGCAAUUCCGCGUUAUAUUCAGCGAACAUUUGUGCCAGAUGACCAUUCAGCCAAAGUUAUUGAAGUGAAUGCUUCGUUUGAAAUUGACCCGAAACUAGACGGUUACAGUUGGCUUCAAUGCAAGUGCGCUGGCAGGCGAAAUAUAAACUUUACGAGGAAUGAUUUCAACAGCCAGUCAACAUGCAGCAACGAAGCAACAGACAUUGGCUUUGGUCAGAAAGUGAUCUCAUACUCGUUGUUCGUAUCGACAACGGAAGCAAUACCCUUCUUUUUCAACGGAAUUGUGCCUAAUUUGAACAAAUUGCGUGAUAUUUAUCCCGGAUGGUUGGUACGGAUAUACACGAAUGUACCCAUCAACGACCACACUUGCCUAUUUAUUUGCCAACACGAUCAUUUAUUUUGGUGCAACAUCGAACGCAUUCCAAAAUUGGGUGAUGUAUCAUCAGUAAAUGGUCGUGUUUGGCGAUUUUUACCCCUAGGUGAUCCAACUGUCGAUAUUUUUGUAAGUCGAGAUCUUGAUAGUCUAGCAACCACACGAGAACGAAAUGCCGUUACGGAAUGGGAAGGGUACAAUAAAACCUUUCACUUGAUGCGUGACAGUCAGUGGCACAAAACUGAAAUACUAGCCGGCUUGUGGGGAGCCAAAAAUUCACUAUUGGAUCCGUCGCUCGGUAUGAAGUUGCGAGCGCAGAUUAUUGAGGAUGGCAGAUUUAGCGUAGGAAAAACCGUCGAUCAGUCCAUAUUGACGAGGAGGAUCUUUUAUCCAUUUCUAGACUCUUUCUUGGCACAUGACAGUUACUAUUGCGGCAAGUAUAAAGAGUCGAUUACUCUGCCAUUCCCAACCAAACGAAAUGGUCAAGAGUUUGCUGGACAUGACGAUUUACAGGAGGCAGACACACUUUUUGUGGGAUUGCUUAAACCGUGCCCGAUAGAAUGUCGGCCGUCCUACGGCAAGGACUGGCAGUACUGCUGAUUCCCAACAUAUAUUUUUACACCGCCAAAUUUAUCGAAUAAAAAAUAUUUAUUUUGA